AUGCUUCUUAACUUUAUUCAAAAAAUCUACAAUAAAAUGCAUGGCAUACUUUUCUCUUUCGAAUUAUGGUUUAUCCUUAAUUAUGGGACAUUUAUAAUUAUAGCCUAGGCGCCAUUCUUGCUUAGGCAAUGCACAAUAUUGCCCAAUUAAGUCAAACACCUUGGAUUGCUAUUCUCAUUUUACCAAGAGUUGGUUUGCUAUUCAAAAAGGCAAGUUCAACGGUUUAUAAUACUAUAUUGGGCAAUAAGAGCCUCUAGGCCAUAAUUUUUCUACAAUGAGUUUUCUUUAUCUCUGCAUUUCUUUAGCUUUCGCAUCGAUUUCAAUGGACCUCCACUCAAAAUUCUCCAGCAAAGAUGAGAUGAUGCAAGACCGCAUGUUAAGAAAAUCAAAAGGCUCAUCAUCGAAGAUCACAAAUUAUGAGGAUGUAAUUUCUAUUUAGUUGCAAUAUUAUGGUGUCAUCUCAAUAGGGACUCCUCCACAGAAAUUUACUGUCCAAAUUGAUACUGGGAGUGUACACCAUUUAUAAUAAUCUAUUUUUUUUCUCCAAAGCUAGCUAAUAUUCUAUUAAACUCAUAAAAUAGCAGUGUAAAUGAGGAUAAUUCUUUGGGUUGUAGAAAAAGGCUGCACCAAGUGCCAUCAAUGCAACAAUACUUUUAACUCGGCAGCUUCUUCACAUUUACUUCUACUAACCAAUUGCAUUCUAUAA